AUGGCUCAUCCAGAACCGCUUCGAGUGCUUGUCAUCGUCUCACAACGAAGCUCCUUAUACACUCAAACCAAUACUUUUCCAGAAGAAAUUGUUCCACUAGCCAUGCGCCUCCUCAAGAAGAGAAAGAUGUGGAAAACAACAGGUUAUCCCGCCGUAACGAAACUCCUCGCCGUUCAAAAAUGGCGUAGCCGCGCAUUCCUCGUCUUCGACAUCGCCAAUGAGGCAUACGAUGCGAAGCUCGGCCAUCUUCCUGAACACAACCAGCUACCCGUGGUUGUGGCCCACUUCAGCAGGAAGAGGGCGGCAUAUCCAGCGAAUUCAUGGGUAUCUCAACAAGUCAAUCACGAUGUUGCGAUGCUGCAUAACGCGAAUGGCUUGGACGCCGUCCCGCCGUUCAUGGAAGACCAUACUCUCGGAACGCCGCCAGCAUACCACAGUCCCCGGGAUAUCUCAAUGUUGCGGGUCAGGUAUAUCUAG